GCCACUGGAUUUCUGUGUAUUACCUACCCCUCUUUAUUCUUUACCCCCCCUGCUCCUACGACCGGGGUGUUAAUCUGGAGUUGGCCUCGUUGCAAAAUUGGACAUGGUCGGCCAUUGCUCGUGAGAAGCCGUACGGGCCGUAUUUUAGUGAUAAUGGCGUUACAUUAUCAUACCCAAUACUAGUUAUCGGCACUCCUGCUUCUGUUCGGAGGGUUAGGGAAUCGUCCCGGAAACCUGGUUCUCCCCAGACUCACUCCCGACCUAUCAGCCUAUCUUGGUUAAUGGCACUUACGGGUAUGAUACCCGGCAGAGAAAUUAACCAGAAUAUCCGUAGACCAACAUUCCGAACAGGGUGGUCGUUCAGCCAAGAUUACCUCGCUAGCUAAGAGAAUUCACCAAUGAGAGGAACCAAGAGUUAUCUCGUAGGCCGAGAGGGCUGGAAAUGCAAGAGUGAGGGGACCCUGUAUGGGCUCGCUCAAGCUUGGAGGAAGGAACGGACAAUCGUGUAUUUCCCUACCGCCUCGUGUUGGCGCUAGCAUGGAGGAAGGCUGACACAAGGGUAAGUGAUUUCUGUCUUGGGGAGGAUUUUUAAACUUAGCGAGGAGGGAGCGAAGUUGAUGAACGUAUGAUACAUGUCGGCGGUGUUUCUGAUCUACCCUUCGUGAUAGUGUCACAAUUGCUUUCUGAGAGUCUCAAGGAAGUUUCUUCAGUUCACCCCUCUUUGGGGCGCUGAAAGAUACCCUCUGUUCUGCUCGUUAUCGGCUCUUUGCGAGUCUCGAUAUGUUCUUUUUGCGCUCUAGGAAUGUAUGCCGUAACCUAUCAGUUAUAUACGGAAAUUUUACCCCUGAACAACGGAAGGGUUUAGCGAAAGCUAAAUACAAGGGCCCAAUAUGAAGUUAACAUAUUGGACUGCGAAGCAGAUCAGGCCGAGAAGUGAAUCAGCCGAAGUGCGCCGGAAAUUUCAAAAUCUGGAAAAUUCAAUCGACGUCCAACACAUGUGAGCGUUAGAUUUGUAGAACCUCCAUCACAGCCUUGGGAACCUGGUAAUACUCUCGACAAGAGAUUUUUCACCAGGGGGGAAUAGAAGAAGAAAAAAAAGCCUCCACCAAAGGAUAAGUUUCAGAGAAAACCUGAACUUGUAAAAGAAAGUGACCAAAAUCUCAUGAAACCCGCACCCCAUUCCAACGGGUCUGUUUGAGCGUCAAUUCCCCUGAACAUGACUUUGGGUGUAUUUGUUGUUCGAGGCAUUUUGUGCUUCCAUCCCGGCAAUGAUAUCCUCGAUCGUCAGAGCCGGAUAUUUAUUUUUGUAAUAACUGAGAAAAUCUGCUACGCUCACAAGAGGUUCGGUACGGAAUAGCGUUUCGUCAGUGUUAGCAGAAGCUUCGGUAGAAAUCGCAACCUGGUCAUGGCUCGGGAUGCCGUGCUGAGGCCUGUGCAGCCGGGCGGGGGGGGGUCUGGUGGAAGCGUAGGAGAACAAGGAGCUCGGGCACCAAGAGAUGGGCCCAGUGUCCUUUGUGAGACAAAGUUUGGACAUGCCCUGCCAUUCUCAAAGGUGUAGCAGACGCUCAGAUUAUCCUCAUAAACAUCACCGUCAUGUCCGUAGAGGCAGGAAUGUCCAUAAUGACAAUUUCCCACUGCAUCUCCUAAGGGUCUUAUUGUCCAAUGGCACUGGGUUUGCCAAUAUGGAGGCCGAGGACGUGCGCUGGCCCGCUGCCUCGCAAUAAAUUCCUCAACGUGGGGGUCGAGGGAAAGAGACACAGUCAUAUUUCCCGCACAUUCGAUAGCGCGUAGCUCUGGGGGAGCGCCAGCAGGGCCCCCAUCACUUUCACCUCUGAUGUGAGUAAUAGCAGGGUGAAUCGACUCUCUGGAGGGGAGAUGCUCUUGGGGCAAAGGGGCAGGGCUAUCCAACUGGUAACGGGACACAAGUUUCUCUGGAGAAAAUGAGCGAAGAGAUAUGAAGGGGAAGUUUAGGAAAUGUUCCUGAGAGCACAGCAUGUUGGAUCUUCCCCAUUUUGCGCUGAGUUCGGAGUUUUUGAUUUCGGUGAAGAUUCUCUAGUGAGGAUCUGAGCAGAAUCCACGUACGAAAUGAUUCGCUUCUGUCUGGCCCGGUUACAGGGGGUCCGGUGCGUUGC